AUGAUUUGGGGUGUCGGGUAUGUUUUUGAUUUCUGUCCUAACGUUGAUAUCAAGGAGAUAAAGCAGAAGAAGUGGGAAAUGGUUCCCAAUGUAGAAAUAGGUGAGGUCCAGCAGGCAGCAGUUCAAGCGCAAGUUGUCCUCUUGGUCAUUAUAGUGCCAAACAAGACUUUAACAAUAUCGAUUAGCCAUAUUUGUUUUGUACUAUAUAUUUAUGCACUUUCUUUUCCUUCCUUUUUAAUUCAGGUUUGGUUGGAUGCUCAUUUUUCAUACACACCAACUAUUGACGAGGAGGAGACAAUAAAUAAAUGUAUGCAAGAUGGUUCCUUUCGGGGAGAAUUUGUUGAUGGAUGCUGGAUUUCGAAUAUCACUGUCAUGGAGUAUAGUGAGAUGUUGGACCACUAUCUAUCUCAUUGUCACUUUUUCAGCCCCAAUGUCGUCAAGAAUUUUAAGGAGAGUGGAAGAUUGCUCAAUACGAUAUUACUACCAAAGACUGAAAAGAUAUUCUUUCCAAUCCUCAGAGACAGACACUGGAUGCUGCUGGUAAUUGAUGUUAAGAAAAAAUAUUUCCUUUGGCUGGAUUCAAUGAGGUUCGAAAGGGAGAAGAAAUAUUCUGAAGACUUCGCCCAUUUCUUGAACCACGAGUUUGUGUUUAAAAGACUAACAGAACAGAAUGAGUGGCCAAUCAAAUAUCCAGAGAAUACUCCAAUCCAAUAUAAUGGAAAUGAUUGUGGCGUGUACAUGAUGGCAUACAUGAUUUCGCUCGCAGUUGGUGAUAAGCUACCCCGAUUUAGUCAGGCACAAGCGAAAAGAAUGCGCAGGACCAUAUGUCUUGAGCUCAAGAAAUGGGAUAUCAUACCUCAAUGUCCUCUGAUUGACUACAAUUUCUUGUAUAUACAAGAACGUAAGAAAAAUGAGUUGAAUGAGAAAUUACACGAGGAAUCCACGGCUGCAUCGAGGGAUCAAGUGUUCCUAGUGUCCGAAACUUCACAUAAAGUGCGCGGAUCAAGUAGCUGAGCGGGGGAAGGAAGAAGUGAUAAAAAAAAAAUGAUGCGAGUAAUAUUAUGGGUUCAAGAGAGCAGGGUGUGGGGGAGAUAAAGGGUGUAGGAAAAAUUCUUGAAAAAAGAAGCCCCCUAAUGCCUUAAUGAAUUCUCACCACUCGAUCUGGUUCAAGAACAAAUGUUGUUGACAUGUAUUUUUUUUUUCUUUUUCUUUUCUUCAUUUCUGUUGAUAUUAACUCGAAAUCGGUUCCGUUUAAAA